UCGAUCGCGCAUGCGCCGAUCUUUUCGUGCUGCACCUUGUUUACAUCCCUCUCGCCCUAGCAAAAAAAAAAUCGUUACGAGCACAGCGUCCCAGGGCGCCGGUGUGCAGUAGGAUCACGCCAUGCCGACCGGAGACAGCAUGUGUCGUAUGCCAUGCGCGGACGAUGCAUCAUGGAGCAGCCAGUCGCUCAGUCAGAGCACUUCGCCUCAGCACCAGUCACCAAUCAUGACGUCUUGCUGCUUUUGCUGCGACACGCGAAAGGGAUCGCUGGCCACAGCCAUGGCAUCCAUCAUGACCCGGGGCCUAACCAUUCUGGGCUACUACCUCAUGGUGACCGCGCCGCGCUACGAGAACACGCGACUCCACAAGCAGGACGAGAAAGCGCUCAUCAACCCCCAUUAUGUAGGAAUAGCCAUGAUAACAGAAAGCUGCAUCGAAAUCUUCUUCUCGGUCAUCCUUCUCAUUGGUGUAAUAAAGGCCGACUACCGUUGGCUACUGCCAUGGAUUGUGUGGUGCUUCUUCAACAUUCUGUACAUUUUCGUCAUCGCCGUCAUGCAAGUGCUGGCUGCUGUUUUUGCCUCGUCAACACACGCACUAGGAAGCGCAAUGGGAUCCUGGAUUGGAUUCUUUGUGUCUGUGUAUUUCCUCAAGUGCGUGCUGGCCUACUACCACACCCUGCAGAGCGGGGAAGGGCUGAAACAGCAACAGGAGCUUGAGGCGACGGAACCUCUGGCACAAGAGCAGCCACACUGCAGCAAGAACAUCGCCUAGCAAGAUCGUGCUACGGAUUUAUUGGAGCUGUGCUAAACACAUCACGCGAAAAACGGUCACGGAGCGUCACAAAUAUCACGGAGGCCGCACUUUUGACCAUGUUUUACUCUAAUUUGGUCCCAGCCGGAGUCUGUCGCACCAUGCCCAACUGUGCACCUAAAAUGACCUCUUACACUUCCUGAACUCGUUAAACUGAAGCGGAUGUCUCAGGAGCCUACGUUACGACAAAGGUCUCCUUCAGCGGAACGCGCGAUUGUUUGAACAGAAACGUCACAACUGCCGGCUCAGAUUUUAUAUUUAUUUUAAUGCCUUUUCUUUUGCUCACAAGCAGGUCUUAUACGCGUUUUAUGUUUCUGCGUACCUAGGUGAGUUUUAAUCUUUGGUUUGUAUUUAGUUGCUCUUGAUUUGAUCAAUCUCAUUUCUCGCUUCGCCAGCGUUUGACAAGGCACGUAACACUCGUGCGCAAUACCUUUAUUUAACAUCCGAACGUGUACUGAACAGGACUCCUCUCGAUACAGUUGAGCUUGCUUAAGUAGUCUUUCCCUCUCUCCUGCUUUCACUGCUCGUUUUUGAACGCUCCGAAGCCUGCAAUGCUUCAACGUGGACAAGUUUGGGACUCCUGCUACAAUGUAACGUCGUCAGGUCAGGGACACGAAAAAACAAGACAGAAGGCGAAAGAGCAUACUAACAACUGGCGUUUAUUUUUGCCGAAAACGCCUGGAAGAAAGAAAGGUGACACGACAGUAAUUGCAGCCGUAAAGAAGCAGCGCAGGAGCAAGAAUAUCAGGGGAAGGAAGAAGCUCGGUUUUCAGCCUUUCUUCGCAAUCAAAGUGCAUAUGCAGCGAAAUCAUUUGAAAACGUUUUUCAAGAUUAACGAGCUCACAGAACAAAUUGGCAAUAUGCCUUUAGAGACAACUGAUGAAACUACCAGACAAACACUUUUCCUGAUACCUAACAUAUACGAAUGGGUCAAAUACCAGGAAAUGUUAACUCAGCAGGCCUAAUUUACCAUAGAUAGAUAAUAAUAUAGACGGUUCAUAAUUACUACAGCAAACGCAUAGGGGAGACCAGAAACAAAAGCGGCAGGCACUUUGGUAAGGCGUAUAAAGUAAAUGUUGCUGAGGUAGGUAAUGCAAUAAUAUGUUAUAAUAAUCCGCUACCUAUCACAACAUAUAAUUUUCGCACAUGAAACAUGAGGGCAGCUAGUAAUCCCUGUAUUAACUUACGACCAUGUCACAAUUUAUAUAGACAGACACUCGUGGAGUUGAACGGUGCUCUAAUAUGGAACGCACUCCCACUCAGCGUGAAGACCAGCCAAAACUUUGUGCAAUGCUUAAAAAAUUGCUUUCAUGAAUGCUUACGGGAUCAUUUUAUUUGUAUCCCCUGAUGUGAUGACAUAGUGUUUUGUUUAUUCUAUAUUUUUCAUGUAGAAAUGCUUUAAUAACAUGUGUUUAAGUUGUCUCGUGCAAUAAGUACGCUGUUCUUCUUAUGUAUAUUUUGUUAUUGGACACCAAACUA